CGCGGCGGUGAUGUCGGCGGAUCCCGCCGAGGAACUCGCCAAGCUCGAGUACUUGUCGCUGGUUUCCAAAGUCUGCACCGAGCUGGACAACCACCUGGGCAUCAACGACAAGGACCUCGCUGAGUUUGUGAUAAAUCUCGCAGAAAGAAACACAACCUUUGAAGCAUUCAAGACUGCCUUGGUGAAGAAUGGUGCUGAGUUUACGGAUUCCCUUGUCAGCAACUUGCUGCGUCUCAUACAGACCAUGCGGCCUCCUGCAAGACCUUCCACUAGCAAAAAUGCUCUUAAGCCAAAAACAGAAAAGGAGAAGCUGAAGGAAUUGUUUCCAGCCCUCUGUAGGCCAGACAAUCCCACAGUCAGGACGAUGCUGGAUGAAGAUGAUGUGAAGGUGGCUGCAGAUGCUCUAAAGGAGCUGGAAGCUUUAAUGCCGAACUCCGGCAGGCAGGCACAGCAUCGGCAUAGUGAGCACCAGACAAAGAAAAGGCAGCGGAGUCGCAGCCGUAGUAGAGAGAGAGCUCGAAAGUCACACAGAAAGUCCUCUCGCUCUCAGACACAAGAAAGGAAUAAGGGGAAAUCCAGGCACCGCUCCCGAAGCAGAAGUCUGAGCAGAGACCGCAAGGAGCGGGAGAAGCCCGUGGAUAAGGGCGGUGAGCGAUGGAGGGAUAAACAUGUGGACCGACCUCCUCCAGAGGAGCCUUCCAUCGGCGACAUCUAUAAUGGCAAAGUCACCAGCAUCAUGCAGUUCGGAUGUUUUGUCCAACUGGAAGGGCUCAGGAAGCGCUGGGAAGGGCUUGUCCACAUCUCAGAGCUGCGCCGUGAGGGGCGUGUUGCCAACGUGGCUGAUGUGGUCAGCAAAGGCCAGAGGGUAAAGGUCAAAGUGCUCUCAUUCACCGGCUCCAAAACCAGCCUCAGCAUGAAGGAUGUGGAUCAAGACACAGGGGAAGACUUGAACCCCAACAGACGCCGGAACCUGGUGGGAGAGGCCAACGAGGAGGCGGCCAUGAGGAAUCCGGACCGGCCCACUCAUCUGUCCUUGGUCAGCGCCCCUGAGGUGGAGGACGACGCCCUGGAACGGAAGCGCCUCACCCGCAUUUCAGACCCAGAGAAAUGGGAAAUCAAGCAGAUGAUUGCUGCCAAUGUGCUCUCUAAGGAGGAGUUCCCUGACUUUGAUGAGGAAACAGGGAUCCUGCCAAAAGUUGAUGACGAGGAAGAUGAAGACCUAGAAAUUGAACUCGUGGAGGAGGAACCGCCGUUCUUGCGAGGGCACACGAAACAGAGCAUGGACAUGAGCCCCAUCAAGAUCGUAAAGAACCCUGACGGCUCCCUUUCUCAAGCAGCCAUGAUGCAGAGUGCUCUCGCCAAAGAGAGGCGAGAACUGAAGCAGGCACAGCGGGAAGCAGAGAUGGAUUCCAUCCCUAUGGGGCUCAACAAACACUGGGUGGACCCCCUCCCAGAUGUGGAUGGGAGGCAAAUUGCUGCCAAUAUGCGAGGUAUUGGAAUGAUGCCGAACGACAUCCCUGAAUGGAAGAAACAUGCUUUUGGAGGCAACAAAGCCUCUUAUGGCAAAAAGACUCAGCUGUCAAUCAUUGAACAGCGGGAAAGCCUCCCCAUUUUCCGGCUAAAGGAUCAGCUCAUCCAGGCGGUCCAUGACAACCAGAUUCUGAUAGUCAUUGGAGAGACGGGCUCCGGGAAGACUACUCAGAUCACCCAGUACCUGGCUGAGGCUGGCUACACCUCCCGUGGGAAGAUUGGAUGCACCCAGCCACGUCGAGUGGCCGCCAUGUCUGUGGCCAAGAGGGUUUCUGAGGAGUUUGGUUGUUGUUUGGGGCAGGAGGUUGGCUACACCAUCCGAUUUGAGGACUGCACAAGCCCCGAGACAGUGAUUAAGUACAUGACAGAUGGGAUGUUGCUCCGGGAGUGCCUCAUUGACCCGGACCUGACACAAUAUGCGAUCAUCAUGUUGGACGAAGCCCACGAGCGGACCAUACAUACCGAUGUGCUCUUUGGUCUCCUGAAAAAGACUGUUCAGAAGAGACCGGACAUGAAGCUGAUUGUGACCUCGGCCACUCUGGAUGCGGUCAAGUUCUCUCAAUAUUUCUACGAGGCUCCCAUCUUCACUAUCCCAGGGAGGACGUACCCAGUGGAGAUUCUCUACACGAAGGAGCCGGAGACAGAUUACCUGGAUGCCAGCCUGAUCACGGUCAUGCAGAUUCACUUGACGGAGCCCCCAGGAGAUAUCCUGGUGUUUUUGACUGGCCAGGAGGAGAUUGACACAGCCUGUGAAAUUCUCUAUGAACGGAUGAAAUCGCUGGGCCCGGAUGUGCCUGAGCUGAUUAUCCUCCCUGUCUACUCCGCCUUGCCUAGCGAGAUGCAGACGCGGAUUUUUGAUCCCGCUCCCCCAGGCAGUCGGAAGGUGGUUAUUGCCACAAACAUUGCCGAAACUUCGCUGACCAUUGAUGGGAUCUACUAUGUUGUGGACCCUGGCUUUGUGAAGCAGAAAGUGUACAACUCCAAGACUGGGAUUGACCAGCUGGUUGUGACACCCAUUUCCCAGGCCCAAGCAAAGCAGCGCGCUGGGAGGGCUGGAAGGACGGGUCCAGGCAAGUGCUACCGACUCUACACGGAGCGGGCCUACCGCGAUGAGAUGCUGACCACCAAUGUCCCCGAGAUCCAGAGGACCAACUUGGCCAGCACUGUGCUGUCUCUCAAGGCGAUGGGAAUAAACGACCUGCUGUCUUUCGAUUUCAUGGAUGCCCCCCCAAUGGAAACUCUGAUCACUGCCAUGGAGCAGCUGUACACCCUGGGGGCCCUGGACGAUGAGGGGCUGCUGACUCGCCUGGGGCGCAGGAUGGCGGAGUUCCCCCUGGAGCCCAUGCUGUGCAAGAUGCUCAUCAUGUCUGUGCACCUGGGGUGUAGUGAGGAGAUGCUCACCAUCGUCUCCAUGCUCUCUGUGCAGAAUGUCUUCUACCGGCCCAAGGACAAGCAAGCUCUCGCUGACCAAAAGAAAGCCAAGUUCCACCAGACUGAAGGGGACCACCUGACACUUCUGGCUGUCUAUAACUCCUGGAAGAACAACAAGUUCUCCAACCCCUGGUGCUACGAGAACUUCAUCCAGGCCCGCUCACUGCGCCGGGCACAGGAUAUUCGCAAACAGAUGCUGGGCAUCAUGGACAGGCACAAGUUGGAUGUAGUAUCAUGUGGAAAAGCAACAGUGCGCGUGCAGAAGGCCAUCUGCAGUGGCUUCUUCCGGAAUGCAGCCAAGAAAGAUCCCCAGGAGGGCUACCGGACCUUGAUUGACCAACAGGUAGUCUAUAUCCACCCCUCAAGCGCCCUCUUCAACCGCCAGCCUGAAUGGGUCGUAUACCAUGAGCUGGUGCUCACAACCAAGGAGUAUAUGCGGGAGGUCACCACCAUAGAUCCCCGCUGGCUGGUGGAGUUUGCCCCGGCCUUCUUCAAGGUUUCUGACCCCACGAAGCUGAGCAAGCAGAAGAAGCAGCAGCGCCUUGAGCCGCUUUACAACCGUUAUGAGGAGCCCAAUGCCUGGAGGAUAUCCCGGGCAUUCAGGCGCCGAUGAGCCCUCUUCCUGGCAUAUCAA